UACUUCCGCAGUGAUUUUAGAGGUCAGUCCUGCUCCUGGGAUCCACCUUUAUGUUGUGGCUAAGAAAUAUUUCACGUCGCCCAGACUGAAUCAGAAGACAGAUGCACCUUACGUUGUAAAUAAAUAUUCUCAGCAGAUUUGAAGAAUGAAGAGGAAUAAUUUCUCCACCGUGAAUAAAGUUGUCCACUCGUCACCAGCCGUGAAACAGCCCAAACGUGGGCUCUGCCCUUCCCUCCGCCAGACUCAGAUGCUCUCUGUCCUUCUGGACUGGGGCACGUUACCUCACCAUGUCAUAUUACGGAUUUUUCAGUAUCUUCCUUUAGUAGAUCGAGCCCGGGCAUCUUCCGUGUGUAGGAGAUGGAACGAAGUGUUCCACAUUCCCGAUCUUUGGAGGAAGUUCGAGUUCGAGCUGAACCAAUCAGCAACCUCUUAUUUUAAGUCCACUCAUCCCGACCUCAUUCAACAGAUCAUCAAAAAGCACGCGGCACAUCUUCAGUACGUCAGCUUUAAGGUUGAUAGCAGUACUGAGUCAGCGGAAGCCGCCUGUCAUAUCCUUUCUCAGCUGGUAAAUUGCUCUAUCCAGACCUUGGGAUUGAUUUCAACAGCCAAGCCAAGUUUCAUGAAUAUGCCAAAGUCUCACUUUGUGUCGGCGCUUACGGUCGUGUUUGUCAACUCAAAAUCGUUAUCAUCGAUUAAGAUUGAGGACACGCCGGUGGACGACCCUUCCCUGAAGAUUCUUGUGGCUAACAACAGUGACACCCUGCGACUCCUCAAAAUGAGUAGCUGUCCUCACGUUUCCUCUGAUGGAAUCCUCUGUGUGGCGGACCACUGUCAGGGCCUCCGGGAGCUGGCGCUGAAUUACUACAUUCUGAGUGACGAACUCCUCCUCGCGCUCUCAAGCGAGACUCACGUGAACCUGGAACAUCUCCGAAUAGAUGUUGUGAGUGAAAACCCUGGGCAGAUCAAGUUCCACUCUAUUAAGAAACACAGCUGGGACGCACUGAUUAAACACUCCCCGGGGGUGAAUGUCGUCAUGUACUUCUUUUUGUAUGAAGAAGAGUUUGACACAUUCUUCAAAGAGGAAACCCCCGUCACUCACCUUUAUUUCGGCCGUUCAGUAAGCAGAACCAUCCUGGGCCGGAUCGGUCUCAACUGCCCUCGGCUGAUCGAGUUAGUGGUAUGUGCCAACGGCCUUCAGCCCCUCGACAGUGAGCUUAUUCGCAUCGCCGAGCGCUGUAAAAACCUAACCGCCCUGGGCCUGAGCGAGUGUGAGGUCAGCUGCAGUGCUUUCGUUGAGUUUGUGAGGCUCUGUGGCCGAAGGCUCACCCAGCUGUCUCUCAUGGAGGAAGUUCUGGUCCCUGAUGACAGAUACACACCAGACGAAGUCCACACGGAAGUCUCUAAGCACCUGGGAAGAGUGUGGUUCCCGGAUGUGAUGCCUGUCUGGUAACCAGCUACCGAAGACUCCGGAUCUUCUGUCAGGAGGGUUAGCUGUCGUCUGCGUGCACAGAUGUGGAUUUUGAGACGAGCUGCUGAAGUAGUUUAGGUUGAAUGUCAUCUGCUGUCUGCAAGUUCUCUUAAUUGGUUGCUGCAGAGUCAUUUGGAAACAAUGUAACAAAUUGGAAUAGACAGCGAUCUUUGUCAGUAGGACACAGACAUGUGCACUAGGUGUUCAAUAGGACAGACUACAGAUGUCUAAGAUUUACAUAGAUGGCUCAACCUUCGCAGGCGUGUUUUAGCUUACUAAGUAAAUUUAUAUUAAACUUAUAACUAAUAUAUCAUUAUAAUGUACAGU